CUCUCUCUCUCCCUCUCUGAGUCUCUCUUUCUCUCCCUCCCUCUCUCCCUUUCUCUCUUUCUCUCUGUUUGUAUCUGUGAGGCUGCUAACUAGCGCAUCAUCAUCAUCAUCAUGGCGGAUCAAGGCGAAUCUCCGGCUCCUGUCCACCACCCGCAACCGGCGCUGACAACCAGCUGGCCAAUUACCAGGGAGUCGUACGAGCUGCAGGAAGUCAUAGGCAGCGGGGCCACAGCUGUGGUGCAGGCAGCCCUCUGUACCCCCAGACAGGAGCGUGUGGCCAUAAAGAGAAUCAACCUGGAAAAAUGCCAGACCAGCAUGGAUGAGCUGCUGAAAGAAAUUCAGGCAAUGAGCCAGUGCAGCCAUCCCAAUGUUGUCACCUACUACACCUCGUUUGUCGUGAAGGAUGAACUUUGGUUAGUCAUGAAGCUUCUGAGUGGAGGCUCUAUGCUGGAUAUAAUUAAGCACACAAGCAAAGAUGAGGACAAAAAUCGAUCUCUAGAUGAGCCUAUCAUUGCUACUAUAUUAAAAGAAGUGCUAGAGGGCCUGGACUAUCUGCACAGAAAUGGACAGAUUCACAGGGAUGUGAAAGCUGGGAACAUACUACUGGGAGAGGAUGGAUCUGUUCAGAUUGCAGAUUUUGGAGUAAGCGCAUUCCUGGCUACAGGCGGGGAUAUGACAAGAAACAAAGUACGAAAGACCUUUGUUGGCACACCAUGCUGGAUGGCACCGGAGGUGAUGGAACAGGUACGAGGCUAUGAUUUCAAAGCAGAUAUAUGGAGUUUUGGAAUUACAGCCAUAGAGUUAGCAACAGGCUCUGCACCCUAUCACCGCUACCCUCCCAUGAAGGUUUUAAUGCUUACCCUACAGAACGAUCCACCCACUCUAGAGACGGGUGUGGAGGACAAGGAAAUGCUAAAAAAAUACGGCAAAUCAUUUAGAAAGCUAAUAACUAUGUGCCUUCAGAAGGAUCCUGCCAAAAGGCCGACAGCCGCAGAGCUUUUGAAGUGUAAAUUCUUCCAGAAGGCCAAGAACAAAGAAUAUCUGGUUGAGAAGCUUUUGUGUCGUGCACCAAAGAUUUCCCAGAGAGCUAAGAAGGUGAGGAGGGUCCCAGGCUCCAGCGGUCACCUGCACAAGACAGAGGAUGGAGACUGGGAGUGGAGCGAUGAUGAGCUGGAUGAGGGCAGCGAGGAAGGCAAGGCGGCGGUGAAUCAGGGCAGGUCACGAAGGGUCAAAGAUGAGGCCAAAGAUAAUGAGGAGAAUGCCAACAAUGUUCCUAUUGAAGGGUUGUCUAUUCAGCAUCCCGAGGUUGAACCAUAUGUGGAUACACCAUACAUUCAAGGUGCUGUGAACAUGGUACUACGGCUAAGGAACUCUAGAAAGGAGCUGAAUGACAUCCGGUUUGAAUUCACUCCUGGGCGAGACACUGCUGAUGGCGUUUCCCAGGAACUGUUCUCAGCCGGUCUGGUCAACGGGCACGAUGUCGUAAUUGUUGCUGCCAACCUUCAGAAGAUUGUAGACGACCCGACUACCUACAAAGUAUUGACCUUCAAGCUGGCGUCCAGCUGCGACGACAUGGAGAUCCCAGACGAGGUGAAGCUGAUCGGCUUUGCACAGCUAAGUGUUAGCUGAUGCUCUCUUCAUGCCUGAAGCAGGUGAGACAAGGGAGACAGUUCAGGGCAGACAGACUGAGGAACACACCACCACCUCCUGCAACAUCUUCCCCAACACCUUCCCUGAAAACUCACCCCACCCCCACCUCCUCCUCCCUCACUCCUUUUCACCUUCCCCGAGUCCAAGCUAUGCCACCGCCCCCGCCUUCACUUCCUUAGCGCAGACUUCCCUGCUCACUGCCCCCUCCGACCUUUAACCUUAACAACAUUCCACCGCCCAGCGCACAGACCGGGAUCAGGAUACAGCCCAGGAACCUAAAGAUGUACUCAGGUGGUGAAAGAAGAUGAUUAAGAUGUAGCUUUGAAUGUUUUAUUUAUUUUUUUUUUCUUUUACUCGUUUUUAUUUUACAUCUCAUUACCUCUGUGUUCAGCAAAGCUCUCAUUAUUUAUUGAAAUGAGAAAAUAUUUUUCAAAAUUUUUUUCUCUCAUGCUGUUUUGUUGCCACAGUGAAAACAAAUUUGCUUUGACUCACACCUCACCAACCCACCCAGAAUGUAAGACUUAGUGAAUUUAUGGGGGACAAGCACAUUUUCAUAAUAACAUAACGAAUGUCUAAAAAGAGACUGAAUUGUAUUUCUGUGUCAACACCUGUUUGACAUCGACAAGAAGGGAAACAUUUGCUUGAGUGUGCAGAAAAAAAAACGAGACCUGGACGUUACUGUGUAUAAUUUGCUGCUCUCGACAGUGUUAAUGCUUCAAAAUGCUAGAGGUGCCUUGUUCAUUUUUCUGUGCCUAAGAAAGUAGUCAAUGAGUGAGACCACACAAAGAGCAGAACCUGCUGAUUUCCAUUUCACAAAUGUAUUACUCCAGCAAUGACACAAUUCACGUGAAGUAUCUUAAUGAGAGAAGCUACAAUGCACUUUUUUGGGCUGAGUGUGUGCCCCCCGACAAGCUGAUGCUUAGCCCCUGGAGACAAGUUAACUCGUGUGCUUUCGUCACCAGACUCAUAAAACAUAACAGAACCUGUACUCAUUUAAUCCGCUCUGGUUGAUGUGUUUUCUGAUGCCAGGCUAAUAGACAAAAACCCAACAGUUAAACCUUCUUGCUCUGUCCUGCUGCACUACAAAAAAAUUUUUUUUUUUUUUGUUCCCAAAAAUAUAGUAGUUACUAAAAUGUACUGUAUGACAAUGCAUCUGAGGAUGAAACCAAAAGGCAUCUAUUGAAAGGGUGACGAGCCAUUUGUUUGUUCAAACAAGUCUGGUAGCUCGAAAUUAUUUUUCAGUAUUGAGGUGGUAAAUAUUAACUUCUACUAAAUUCUUUAUUUUAUCAAGUAAUUUAUUGUGUUUUCUAUGUACAGUAUGUGUACCAUUUCAGCAUAUUACCCCUGUUCCCUCUCUGUAAUCUGCUGAUGUCAAAUUUCUGACAAGGAGCAACAAAUAAAGAAGA